CAAUUUCCUACGAGUUUGUCUUUGUCCACUUUUUGAUACGAUGCAACGGCUUCGAGAUAGAAUAAUUUUUCAAUUACAAAAAAUAUUGAAAUAGCUUACGCCCUUCUGAAAUGUUAUUUUCGGGUACAACUGGCGUCAUAUACACAAAAAUGGCUUAAAUAGGACUAGGAUAACAUGUCUACAUAAAAAAUCCUGAUUUGAGCUGGAAUUGCUCAGAAGUGAAUUUAUAGAAAAUCAUUUAAAUCAUCUUUCCAUAGCUACUUUUCAAUAUUUGUGUAUUUAGGCUCACAUCAAAAGUUUUGUUUUGGACCUUUUGGCAUUCGACCUUUUGUCAUACAUUCAAUUGAACAACUGUGAAUUGAGACUUUCAACGUGGACUUUGUUCAACCCAACCAAUUUUAAUAAUAUAUCCUCCAAAGCUCGAUAAAACUUAAUACACUUUAGCAGCUUCACUGCAGCUGAUUUCUUUAACAACGAUGUUCACCAGGUGUGUUUUACCAGUUUUACUCCUACUACCGCGUAUUUUUGUCUGCAGUUGGAUUUCGCCCACUGUGGUUUCUGAAAAGUCUCUGGAAUACCUUUUGACCAGCAUCGAAUACGAAGCCAGCAUUUCUCCCGGCUCAUUCCGGUGUGUUUUCUACGAAGUUUCUUCGAGUUACUCGACUGAGAACACUAUUACCAAGAUUAUGGGAUCUCCAAAGCUGGAUCACGUGCUCAAGAGCGUCCUUAGUGGGCCUUACAGCAAUGACUGGGCGCGACUACCGUUGAGACCGUCGUUGCUGCUCAUCCAUCCUGGCGAUGACAUUGAAUAUUUGCAACGCAAUGACACCAUAUGGAAUUUGUACUACUUGCUGCAAUUGUUUGACCCAACAACCAAAGUGCUGGUCCUUGUAGACCAGCCGAACUACGCAAUUGUACGGGCAAUAUCCGUUUAUGUUUUCACCGUUCGAUAUUCGUAUUUGGUCUGUUUUGACAGCCAAACGAUGUGGACCGUGUUGUGUAAUGCGCUGAGGUGUAAUUCUUUGAUAACUCCACCCCAUCCGAUAUAUCUGUUCAGAUGGGCGUGGCGCACCAUAAGCGGGAGGAAUGUUACGUACUACAUAAUCAACGGGGUUUCAGAGGAGCCAAGCUUGAUCCAGCUGAAUUGGGUCACAGAAGUUGCGCGAUAUUUGAAAACCGAGGCUAAGCAACAUCGCACAAACUGUAGUCAUCAUCGGGAUGUUUCGAUGUAUUAUCAUUGCGUAGGAAAUCAAAAUAAUCUGCGACUAACUGAUGUACACCUGAGCAUGACUUUGCCGGCGGAACUAAGACCCAGGAGCUUUCAACAACUAAUCACUACUAUUCCAGUAAUAGCUAAAAUCGGCGUCCCCCGAGAUAGACCGGUGAAUGCAAUCGAGCUAAUGCUCAUGCCGUUCAGUUGGCCAGUUUGGUUGGUAAUUGUGACAAUCCUCGUGUUAUCAGAAGUCGCAAAGCUACAGUUUCCGAACCUGUUCGAGAACGAUCCAAUACUGCUCGUACUAUGCGGCUACGAACAACACAAUCUCCACCAGGCAAGUCGCCGGGAAAAAAUGAUCCUCCUUGCGCUGAUCGUCCUGAUGUUCUUCAUGACCAACGCGUUCGAAACGAAGGUCAUAUCACUGAUGAUCAACAGACCAUCGAUUCAGCGCAUCCAAACCAUAGACGACCUGUUCAAGUCAGACGUCAAGUUUUACCACGACAUCGAAAGCUGUCCCAACGCUCUGUCUGUGCCAAUUCUCGGAAAGCUGAUCGUACAAGGAGAGCAUGACUUUUACGAAAUCAUCCCCGGUGCCGGCAAGAUCGUCCUCAAGCCACUCGUUGACGUUCUGAACGUGGUCGCUUACGAUUACGAACGGAUGCAACCAUUUUAUGUGUUCUUGGAGCCGGAAUUCAUUAUUUUCUACGAAUCAUACACAACUUCAAAUCGAUACCCGUACCUGCAAGUAUUCCGCCUGAUCCACAUAACGCUGACAGAAGCAGGCUUGUUUGACCAGUGGUUGAGCAUGUGGAAGCUGGAGCUUAGAUUUAGCAACAUUGGCCGGCGAGCUCGGGAGGACAUCACCGACAAAGUGGUGCUGACCUUUGCGGACAUGCAACCGGCUUGGGUGGCGCUGGCUAUCGGGACGAGCGUCAGCUUGAUUGGAUUUGCUGGAGAGAUCUUGGCCAAAAAGUUGAAAUAUUUAUAAAUCUUGUUAAAAAUAUUUAUAGAAACGACUAAUAAACAAUUUAUUUCGAUGAUCGAGACAGUCAAGCAAAUCUCGACUCCUGCGUCGUGUCCUCCGGCAGGAAACCAACAGAUUUGACCGCAGAGUUCGCAUUCACAUAUAACCCGCACAACUCACUCGCUCUAAUCAGACAGUUGAUGCAAAUAAAUUAAACCGCCACCGGGAAACCACACCAGGGGACGGAACGUGCGCCUAAAGGAAGUCGACCAAACUGGCGUGGCGCCUGCAAGUGGACCUCAUCAUAUGCUACGAAGCGAAAAUCCAAUUUAUGAUUCAUUUGUCACUCGAAUUGCCAUAAAUCUGUCCGAGGGGCAAACCAAUGGCACGCGCGCCGAAGAAACGUUCCAAAUUGCCUACAUUCAGGCAUUCUCCGCGCCGCCAAAACAUUCAUUAGCCUAAAUGGAAAAGAGAUCAAAAUCUCCUCCGCCGGCGAUUGAUUCUAUUCAGCCAUUCAGCUAGAUAGAUUACUUUUCCUUUCCUUCCACUUUCCCCGAAAUGAGCCUUUUCAAUCCCCCGACAGUGGACGUCUGUUUUUCUUUCCCAAGUUCCCAACAGUGGUAAUCCCCUCCCGAAUCGAAUAACUUCCUAAUCAAUCACUUGGACCCAAUAUUUCCGGAGGGGAGAAAAAAAAACUGACCGGAAAUGGAAGUCGAAAUGUCUAAUCUGGUUUAACUUGUGUACUUUCUUUCAUGCUUUCGCUUUCGUUCUUUUCUAUAUCUCGAUCCAACAACAACCAAAAAAAAAAAACAAAUUCAUUCACCAAACCAACGCGAAUCACCUAAUUCACAAUCUCGCAUGACAUCUCUAACGACAACGAAAACAUCAACAACAACAACAAUCUGGCAACACUGUAACCUCUCCUCCUUCUGCGCACUCUGACCUGGUGGGGGCGUUU